AUGUUUUUACCCAAACAGGAUAUUCCAGACCUCUAUGAGGCUGGAAUCGUAGAGUUACAGGCAGGUCUCGAUGCCGGACGAUUCACCAGCAUUGAUUUAGCAACCGCCUACCUUGCCCGGAUUGAGGAAGUCAAUGCUCAAGGUGGGGAAUUGAGAGCUGUUAUGGAAGUUAGCCCGUUUGCAUUGAAAGUGGCGGCGAAGUUGGAUGAAGAGAGGCGGAGUAGCGGGAAACGUACCAUGCUUCAUGGUAUCCCCGUACUUCUAAAAGAUAACAUUGCGACAUUAUCAUCCGAAGGUCUUAACACUACCGCUGGCUCUCAUGCCUUACUCGGAUCAAUAGUCUCAGACGAUGCAGGUGUAGUAAAGCGUCUUCGACAAGCUGGGGCCAUCAUCCUCGGAAAAGUGAACAUAUCAGAACUUGCCUAUUUUCGUGGUUCAAUACCCAGCGGCUGGUCAGGUCGAGGCGGCCAAUGCAAAAGCGCGUAUCAUCCCAUAGGUUCACCUAGUGGAUCUUCAUCGGGCUCUGGUGUAGCUGCGUCGGUGGGUCUCGCUACUGUGACUCUUGGGACAGAAACCGAUGGGAGUAUUGCCUCGCCUUCUUCGAACAACAAUGUCGUUGGAAUUAAACCAACUGUUGGGCUUACUUCUAGAGCAGGAGUUCUUCCCAUUACAGCAGCUCAAGAUACUGUGGGCCCAAUGACCCGUUCUGUAGAAGACGCCGCUAUCGUACUUUCUAUUAUCGCAGGAGAAGACCCGAACGAUCGGCGUACGCUCUCCCAGCCUCGUCCUGUACCUGAUUACAUCAAAGCCCUAGACGCAAACGCCCUCCACGGAAAACGCAUCGGUGUCCCUCGCUCCAGCAUGCCCUCCAACCCCGCUGACGCCCUCCCCCAAUCCAUGUGCUCCGUAUUCGACGAAUCUCUCCGGAUCAUGGAAUCCCUGGGCGCAACAAUUGUCGACCCUGCAAACUUACCUUCCGCAGACGAAAUCAAAGGCUUAGACCAUCUCGUGCUUUACGUCGAUUUCAGAAUCGAAUUGAACGAAUAUUUAUCGGCGUUGAAGGAGGUACCUACUGGCGUUCGUACGCUCGCGGACUUGAUUCAGUUCAAUAUUGAUCAUGCCGAGUUGGAGCUUCCAGAGGGGUAUUCUGAUCAAGGGGAGUUAAUCAAGAGUCAGGCAACGAAUGGACGGGAUGAGAUUUAUGGGAAGGCGCUUGCGAAGAAUCUGGAACUGGGUGUUACGAGGGGAAUUGAUGCAGUUUUGAAAGAGUACAAUCUGGAUGCUUUGGUCUUGCCAGCCAAAGACACACACACUCCCGCUGCGAUUGCAGGGUACCCCACUGUUACAGUUCCGUUGGGCUUCUUCCCUGGAGAUGAGCCAGUGACGUAUGACGGACUUAUCGCGUAUCCUGCUCCCGGUAUGCCUUUCGGUUUGACUUUCAUUGGGACGGCGUUCGAUGAGUACGCGCUUAUCGGGAUGGCGUAUGCUUUUGAGCAAAAGACGAAAGUGAGAACGAGUCGGAGAGCAAUUGCAGAAGCUAUACCUAAGACUCAGUUACGGGCGAAAUAG